GGUAUUGGUAUUGGUAUUGGUAUUGGUAUUAUCAAUAACAAUUGUUAUUAUCAAUUAUCAUUACCAAUUGCUGUGCUGUUACUGCCCUUAGUGCCACACGGUACGUUCCCCAUUUUUUAGUGCCCCUCUUCAACCCCAUAAAAAUGAACGGUUCAAAAAUACGCAUAAAAAUAAACGAGCACACUCCCACAUCACUCCAACUCACAGUAUCAAACGCUCCCUUACCGUUCUUAAACGCUCUACGCCGUGUUAUUUUGGAGGAAGUACCUGCUGUUGCCAUAUCAAAGGUACUGUUCCAUAAAUACGUGGGAGUGCUACCUGAAGAGGUACUGGCGCACCGUCUUGGUCUUGUACCCGUGUUUUGCGAUGCUCUGCUCCUGAGCAGUAGCGAGGAGAUGGUGAGGAGUAGCUGUGUUAGGAUGAGGAUAAGGAAGGAGGGGAGUGAUGGGGGUGUAUGGGUGAGAAGUGAUGAUAUUGAGGUUGUACAUUUUGAUAGUGGACGUAGGAUUAGUAGCUGGUCACGUGCUAUGAGUGAGGACCGGAUUGGUGAUGAAGAGAGAAGUGAUGAAGAGAGAAAUGAUGCUAUUGAUGGUACAAAUAACAGCUCUCCAAUGAUAAAACAAGGCGUACUAAUCACUAAACUAGGCCCUAACCAACACCUAGAUGUAGAAAUGUACGCCACAAAGGGUACAGCCAAAGAACAUGCGAAGUACAGCACCGUAAACAUUUGCUACUACCGCAUGCACCCCAUCCUAACACUCACCCGCUCCUUUAAGAACGAUGAUGCUCAUCUUCUCAGAAAACGGUUCAAGAACGGUGUGAUAGGCAUACGUAAGAAUGGUAAAGACGAGGAAGCAUACGUGGUUGAUGACAGGGAUGUAAUUGAUGCAGAGAAUGUUGAAGGAGUGUGUGUGGAGAAGGAUGAGCACCGUGUGCUUUUCUAUGUUGAAACUGAAUUUGUUGAUCCUUGGGAGGUGGUGAAGAGAGGAUUGUAUGUGCUUGUGGAGAAGGGCAAGGCAUUGAGAAGGGAUGUAAGGACAUAUGUGGAUGGAGUAUGAGAAAUGGAGUAUGAGAAAUGAUGAGUGAGAAAUGGAGAGUGAAAUGGAGAGUGAAAUGAUGAGUGAGAAAUGGUGAGUGAAAUGGUGAGUGAAAUGAUGAGUGAGAAAUGGUGAGUGAAAUGGUGAGUAACAAAUACCGAUCAUAGAAUAGUAGUUUGGAAGUGCCUCUCUCUUACUGACAAAGAACCCUUUGAGCAGGUUAAAACACACAAAAAAGUAUUUAAAGAAUAAAAGAACCUAAAGCUAACACGAGCACAGAUAAACAAUCGAAACUACCUAUGAGGUGAUCAAACAUAGAUAAAUUAAUAAAAGGUAUCUUACGA